AUGACUGGAAACCAUCACGACCGCAAAUCCGUCUUCAAAAACCCGCCCCAGUCGCGGCCUAUGCGAGGAGGGAAAACGGCCUACGCGGCCAGGAGCAGUAAAGAACUCGCGCAAGACCCUGCGAUCGUGCUUACACUCCACACAGAGAACGCGAUCGGGACGAUGCUCGCUGCUGAAGGUCUUCACCUGACGAUUCACCCAGACGAUCACCAGGAUCCCGUCAACGUCGCUGUUGAAGGAGCUCAACCCCCGCCUGACGAAGUUGCAGCGGCCGGCGCACAGGUAGCCAACGGGCCUGCAGGAGGAGACGCACAGGCGGUCAUUGGGCUUGCAGGAGGAGACGCGCAGUCGGCCGAAGGGUUGGCAGGAGGAGACGCGCAGGCGGUCGACGGGCUGGCAGGAGGGGCGCAGGCGGUCGGUGGGCUGGCAGGAGGGGACGCUCAAACGAACGCUGUCACCGGCGGCCAAGCGGCCCAGGCGCAAACCGCAGACAAACGCGGAAUCUUCAAGAGACUCGGCGGCUUCAUCAAGCGGACCACGGGCAAGGCAUUUCGCGUCGGGCAGUGA